UGGCGUCGCUUUAGCCGGGCCAUUUUGCGCAGCCAUGCGACCGAGUCCGAGUCCGUGGUGGCACCUCCCGGCCGUCGUCGCCAGCAUCGUUGCCCUCUCCUACGUCGUGUACCGGGCGACGACCGAGCCAGCGCAUGUUCAGCAGAAGAAGAAGGCACUGCAGCUACUCGAUGAAGUGCAGGCCAUCGUCGACGCCGUGCGCGUCAAGCUCGACGCGCUCGAAGUUGACGUUAGGGAAUUCCUAGCACCGCAGGCCGAGGAAGCUGCCGUAGACGAUGGCAGCCUGAAUUCUUAUUACCAUUUCGACUCGACAGGAAAGAAGCUCAAGACAAAAUGGGACUCGUUCGAUGUCGACGCAGAGCUCGAGCGUCUCGACCGCGACGAAGGUGAUGAUAUUGCGCCACCACGCCGAACGACGUCGCGGCCCACCAAGGCGCAGCUCGAACAGCGCGCGGGCGGCCUCGAAUUCGAGUUUGAAGCCGUGCUUGGGUACCUCGAUGCGUCGAUCCGCGGCGACGACGACGUGCGUAUCGUACGCAAGCAGAUCGUCGGCGCCAUCAACGACACGCACCUCAAGCGCAUUGAUGCGUUGCGCCAAGAGCUCGCCGCCAACUAAAUCGCCAACACUC